GAUUUUGGGACAGAUUCGUUCUUUCAAUGCCAACGAACUUUACGAACUUGGCACCGAAAUAAUUGUUGACAACAAUCAAAAUGAGUUGCCACAGCCGACAACAUCCUGGCUUUUGAGAAAAUUUGCUUACCUGCGGCCGACCCUGAAAUCUCAGUUCUCUGGCACCUCUUAAACGUCGUUCAGGUGUCCGAUAAGCAGGGACAUCAGCAGACGUCCGCAGGUCACAAGCUAAACAAAUAACCCUGGAGUGUGGUUCAGUUGUGUGGUUUGAUCUCUUAAAAGCGCGGAUAAUGCGUCGCGUGACGAUGUAUUUAGGAUUGAAAUGCGAAAAAACAAAAGCUCGCGACUUCCUUGGGCUUGCUGUCGCGCCACUGCGCCACUUUCGGGCGCAGCAUUUGCGCAGAAAAUCAGCUGUGUGAGAUGAGAACGACGUCAAAACAUCAAACAGAUCAACACAAAAAUAAACAGAAAAAAACAGACAGAAAGCUAUGCUAUAAAAUGGACGAGAGAAGAGAAUUUGAAAAUCCUUAUGAAGAUUAUGAGACGCUACAAGAUAAAGAGAGAAAUGACGUCAUCAACAUUUAUCUUGAAAAUAAGGUGAAUGCGGAAUUUUCGACUCAAUUGAAAAAAUGCGCCGAGAGUUUGCUCGUCAUUCUGGACCGCCACUUGCAGUCCACCCACGAUCAAGACAGCGAUUACUCGGUGUACACGGGCAGUGCUGGUAUCGCUCUCAUGUACUUCCAUAUUUCUCAGAUACAGAAUGCCAAGAAAUUUCUCAAACUGGCCGAGGUUUUGUUGGAGCCGUCGCUGCCAAAGCUGAAGGGUAAAAGACUGAGCUUGAUGACCGGAGACGCUGGACCCUUGGCGGUUGCUGCGGCUGUGCACUGGCAUUUGGGGAACAAGGAGAAAAGCACAGCAAUUUGUCAGAGGCUGACCGAUUUGCUGCCUCGGGUUUUAGACCUCAAGUCUGAUUUGCCGGACGAGGUUUUGUAUGGACGAGCAGGCUACCUAUUGGCCUUGCUGUUUGUGAGAAAUAAUACGACGGAAUCAAACGUGGAUGUCAGAUCUAUUCAAAAAGUGGUGUCGGCUACACUUGCGUCAGGAAAAAUGUUGGCAGCCUCUGAUCCAAAUGGUCCCCCUUUAAUGUACGAGUGGCACGGCAAAAAAUAUUUAGGCGCAGCUCACGGAAUUGCGGGAAUACUUUUCGUAUUGAUACAGAGCAUGGAGUAUCUGUCGGAGGAGAAAAAGGACGAAUUGGAGCACUUGAUUUGUCAAACCCUGGAUUUUGUUCUCAACCUCUGUUUCCCAUCAGGGAAUUUCCCUUCUUCCAUCGGGAACAAUUCCGACAGAUUAGUGCAUUGGUGUCAUGGAGCUCCAGCGUUUGUCCCCGUCCUAUGCUUAGCUUACAAAGUUUUCGCUCAAGAAAGAUAUCUUCACGCAGCUGAAACAUGUGCAAAGGUGAUUUGGAAAAGAGGCCUUUUGAAGAAGGGUUACGGUCUGUGUCAUGGUGUUUCGGGAAAUGGUUAUGCACUUCUGCACUUAUACCAAACAACGAAGAAUAUUAAGUAUCUGUAUCAGGGACUGCAAUUUGCUAGGUGGUGUACAACUUACGACAAAAACCAAACAAGGAAACCUGAUCGACCGUAUUCGUUAUUCGAAGGUCUGGCUGGGACAAUUCAUUUUUUAGUAGAUGCACAAAAUCCAGAAGGUGCAAAAUUUCCUGCAUUUUAUGUCUGAUUAAAAUAAGUUUUUUUUUUAAUUCAGCGUAAUUUAUAGAUUUAGAAACAUUUGAUUAGUGGUCUCUGAAAUCACUAAUUAAUUGUAAGAAGAGAAUAAUAUAAGCUAGCUAGGCUUGGCCUUAGAUUCAAGUUAUUUUCCUUUCAAUUUUUUUAUAUGAAGUGUUAAGAAUAUUGUAAUUCUUAUUUAAUGUUUAAUUUAACUAUGUAAAAUACUGUAAUAAAUCUUGGAAGCAAAA